AGGUUGUUCGCGCCGCACAUUUCAAGAACUUGUUUCCUGCUGUGCCUGCAUGGGCUGCACAGUAUUGCUACAAGUUAUACAUACCAAAAUGUCUUUUUACUUUUUACCGACAUAAACCGUCACCAUAUAAAUAUUCAUAUUUAUAAAAUCACCUAAAGAUUAUUUUAAAGUUUUUUACACAUAAUUUUUAAUUAGUUAUAUUAACACAGAUUAUUUAAACUGGUAAACACUUUAAUAAUGUUACCGUAAGGUGCUGCCCCCUUGCUAUCAUUAUCAACAACUAUUAUUUCUUUAUAUUUUGCGCAUUUUGCUUUUAUUUAACAUUUUAUUUAACUGUAUACCUUGUACCGAUUGUACCAAGUUGAAUUGUAUUAUACUAGGUCGUAUUUAGUUCAUUGUUUGAUCAAUAACACGUUCCUUAACGAUAACUUUAAAUGUUAACGUAAAAUUCAGUGCGCCAUGUCGCUCGAAGCAAUCAACAAUCCGCGUAUUGUCGCUCGCAAAGAAAGCAGUAUUAUUUUAAACUGGGAGGAUGUUUAUCCUCCAAUAGAAGACAAUUCUCACCUGGAUAGAGGCAUUCAAAAAUCUUCUCCACCUAAAAUUAAACCCUCUCAUGAGCGUAUCUAUGAUGUGCGCAUUAAGAAUGAUAUUGACGAAUGGCACAUAGUCUAUUGGGGACGUAAAAACCAAACAACUAUAACUAAUUUACAACCGUGCAGAUGUUACUCGUUUAAAAUCAAACUAAUCCACAAUGAUGUUGAAUCGCAUUGGUUGGAGUUCAAAGCGGCGACCUCCAUUGAUCAACACCACGUGCAACAUCUUACAAGAGCAAUAAAAUUCGGUAAAACAGCCGCAAUACGCAAAAUAAUCAUCGCAAAGCCAUUUUUGUUAGAAACACCGAAUCUGGAAGAUAAAACACCCUUGAUGCAAGCCACUGAACGUGCAGACCUACACGUGGUACAAUUCCUGUGCACCCUCGGCGCAAAAACCAACACACAAUCAUUAAUUGGCCAUCGGACCGCAUUAAUGAUAGCUUUGUUUUAUGCAUUCAUCGACAUCGCUCAAUAUUUACUCGAAAAGAAUGCUAAUAUUCAUUUAAGAGAUAUCAAUGACCGCACAGCGUUACACUACGCCAUAGAUGGAGAUAACCUGGACGCUGUGAAAUUUGCACUUAAACACAGAGCGGAAAUCAACGCAAGGGACGACAAAGGAUGGACGCCAUUACUACGAGCUGUUAUUCUGGAAGUACAAGACGACAUCAUAGAGUUGCUCCUACGUAAAGGAAGUGAUUGUAGUGUCGUAGACCAACGUGGGCUAGACAUCCGUAGACACUUGGAGUUGACGAAUCGUACGCGACUAUUGAAAAGGCUCAAAUUGCUUAAAAACUAACGAAAUAUUGCUCUGCACUGUUGCGCAUAACCUCUUCCAAAAACGAAGUGUGGUUAUGUAUGAUUGACAAACGACGCUCAGAAUGCCCAGUAACAUUGCACAAAGUCAACUUAAAUAGUUCAUAUUCCAGUCUUUUAAACUUGUUUUCCAGUCAUAAAUUAAAUAUUAUAAGUUA